CGGUUAUAAAGUUAUAGAGCGAAUACACGAACAUGUUUAUAUUCAAUUUUAAAAUUCACACUCGCGUCCCUCGGUAAUAAAACAAUUACUUAUAAAAUCUGAUUGAAAUAUCGAAGAAAAUUGAGACCCAAUUGAAACGUCGAUCACUUAUUGAUAUUCUACUUUUUAUUUUCCUUUCGUUGAAAAUUGUUCAAUCAUAAACGCUAAAGAUGGCUGAGAGAUUAGAAGACUUAAAUCUCCCCAACGCAGUCGUAACAAGAAUAAUUAAGGAAUCUCUGCCGGACGGAGUCAAUAUUGGCAAAGAAGCACGUGCAGCGGUAGCAAAAGCUGCUUCGAUUUUUAUACUGUACAUUACAUCGACUGCCAACACAAUAGCUAAAAAAGGAAAAAGAAAAACUAUCAGUGGUACUGAUGUUAUUCAAGCUAUUGAAGAAAUUGAGUUUGACCAGUUCCUCGAACCACUCCAAGAAGCAUUGGAAAAUUUCAAAAAGUCACAGAAGGAAAAAAAGGACGCUACCACGAAAAGAAAACAACAGAAAAAAGAUGACGAAGAAGUGGAAGAAAUCGUUUGCGAAGACGCCGACUAGUUUCUAGUUUUUUUUUUUUUUUUGCAUCUUUUACAUUCACACACUAUUUAAUACAUCUAUUUUUAUCUUAAGUAUAUGUAUAAAUCACUGUGUGUAAAUCACUAUUUCUAUUGAAUAAUAUAAGAAUCUAUUUUUUUUCACUCAGAU